UCAAGUGCUUUUCGAUUUCUCCUUCUCUUACAGAAAUACGCAAAAUGGUGUACUACACGGGAUUACCGUUGCUGAUGCAACAAGCAGAGAACAACACAAUCACCCAGCUAUGCUUCAACGCGCAGAAUGAUCAUUCCCAGUCGCAAUCCCAGCAGCAACAGCAGCAGUUGCCAAUAGAUCAGUCACUUCUCCAUCAACAACAGCAGCAGCAGCAACAACAGCAUAGGUUCCAGCAGCAACAGGUCGUCAAUCUGAGCAACGUCCAAAGCAACGCUCAGUUGAACCAGCAGCACACCAGCGUUCCCUACACGAACUUCCACCAGCAGAGCAACGGAGGACUCGUGCCAACUACCAUACCGCAGACCAGCCCUCCGCCUGCCAGUGCUGCCAAGUUCCGCUGCGAACAGUGCAACAUGAACUUCGGUAGCAAAAGUGCCCACACCAGUCACAUGAAAUCUCACGCCAAGCAGCAACAACAGCAGCAGCAGAUGGCAGCGGAGAGCAAAGGCGGUGGCAUCAGUGCCAAGGGGCUGCUUAACGGGCCGACCACUCCGGCCGAUCCGUACCAGUGCGAUGUGUGCAAGAAGACGUUUGCCGUGCCGGCCCGGCUGGUGCGGCACUACCGGACGCACACCGGCGAGCGCCCGUUCGAGUGCGAAUUUUGCCAUAAGAUGUUUAGUGUUAAGGAGAACCUGCAGGUCCACCGGCGGAUCCACACCAAGGAACGGCCCUACAAGUGCGACAUCUGCGAGCGAGCGUUCGAGCACAGCGGCAAGCUGCACCGGCACAUGCGGAUCCACACGGGCGAACGGCCGCACAAGUGCAACGUGUGCGGAAAGACGUUCAUCCAGUCCGGCCAACUAGUCAUCCACAUGCGGACCCAUACCGGUGAGAAACCGUACAAAUGUCCGGUUGAAGGCUGCGGCAAGGGUUUCACGUGCUCGAAACAGUUGAAGGUGCACUCGCGCACUCACACCGGUGAGAAACCGUACCAUUGUGAUAUUUGCUUCCGGGAUUUCGGGUACAACCACGUGCUGAAGUUGCACAGGGUGCAGCACUACGGUUCGAAGUGCUACAAAUGCACCAUUUGUGACGAGACGUUCAAGAGCAAGAAGGAGAUGGAAGCCCACAUCAAGGGCCAUGCCAACGAAAUCCCGGAUGAGGAAGAGACUGAAACCAAGCCCCUGGUGGCGGUGCCAUCGGGUAGCUCCAGUAGUCGGAGCAGUUUGGUGGAGUAUUCGUCUAGCGCGAGUAGUCUAGCCGCGGCGGACAGCUUGUCCACGAUGGAAGACGCCAUGGAACUCGAAGAAGAUCUCCACACGCCGAAGGUAGAGUUCCAUGACCAGCAGAGCAGCGGCAGCAGCAGUAGUAGAAGCCAAGGAAGCAGUAGCGGCAGCAGAACAAACGAAAACAACAUUCAUUAUUAUUCGCAGUUCGAGCAGUCGGUGCUCCGAAGCUAUGGAGUCCAAUCCGGAGUGAACCCCGCCCUUCUGGCAGCGGCAUCAAUCGCGGCAGCCGCCACUGCUUCGACAGCCGAACAACAUGAAAACAUCCAAAGCAAUAGGACACCAUCACCGCCGCCGUUGGUAGUGUUCUCGCAGCAACAGCACCCACAGCAGCAGCAACAACAACAGCAUCAUCAACAACAAUUGAUGAGCUCGAAUGUGGUAGACCGGUUGACACCGCCGUCCUCGCAGCAACUACCGACAUCUAUAGACCUGAUGAUCCAACAUAUGCCGGCGCAACAGCGCUUCAAGCGAGAAGAGUCACCGGUCCAAGCAGACGCCUUCCUAUACAAACCGUUGUCAAUCAUGAAACAUCACGGCUACUUUGCUCCGGCUUCGCAGGUUUCCGAAUUCAGGUCAUCCAGCGAUCUCGUCCGACAGGUGGAGGCGGCCAUCGCCGGCACGGAAAAUCUCCUCACGCCGCCCCGUUCCUCGCCGGAAUCGCCCGAACGGUCCUCGUCGCCCGAGUCCGAUUCAGUAUUAAUGGCCGACCGGGACAACAACACCCUGCCGCCGAGGAAGCGGAAGCUCUACUUCAAGAACGAAACGCCGCAAGAUCUGCACCUGAAUCACUUGGCCCAUCACCAUCACCACCAGCAUUCGGCGGACCACUUGGCGGUGCCGAGCAGCUCAACGCCCCCGUCGCCACCGGCCAUGCGGAUGAGUUCCGUCAUCCAGUACGCCAAGGCGUCGUAAAGUGGUGACAUCAGGGUGAUACUUUUCUUCAGGGCGGCCAUAUUCGAUGUAGAGUGAGCAACGCGUAUAGUUACAAGGUUAGCCAGCGGCUUAGUUGAUAGAGGAAAGCAGACUUAUUAGUGGAUAGCUAAAUUAAUGGUAACGUUUUUAGAAGGUAAUAUUUAUCUACAAGCGUAGAAUGUAGCGAGUCAGAUUUAAGGCAAAUCAUACAUACAAACACAUACACACAUACAUACAUACACACUAAAUUCAAGAAGACUGUCUCAGGUUAAUCAGUCAUUACAUUUGAUAAGUUUAUCGCUUCUUCUGGAAUGUGGAUUGUUGACAGCUGAGCGAAGGUUGACAGUGAAGUUGCGGAGAAAGUUUGGCAACACUGCAGGCGGCGUCUUAUCCGAAUAAAAUGUGAGCGAACUAAGGCAGAGGGUGUUUUGGAAAAAGGAAAAUAUUAAGACUGUUGAAUUGUCAAAAAAUUCUAGUAACCAAGAAAUAUUUUAAGGUGAUUAGGUAAUGACAAGGCAGAAUCUAAAUAAAGUUGGAUCAAAACCGGAAUAGGGCAAUAUAUUUUACUGACAAAUCACAUUUUCUGGAUAGAGGUAUCAAUCUAGCGCCGAAAGUAAACCAACGGCAACUGAGAAUAAUCGAAAUUUGAAGGCCAUUUGAAAAGACUAGCUUUUUACUGUAGCAAGAAACGAAACAUCAUUAAAGCAAGCAAAGAAGGUAAGAAGAGCGGAAAAGAUAGACUGGAAUUCCCCAAAAGUAAUGUUUAGCGAUAGGAAACCAAACAAACACUUUUUCGAGUUCGAAAAAUCAUUAGUACGUAAGUGUCUUUUUCCUGAUUUAAAGAAAAAUCUACAAUCCUAAAUGCUAUUGAACAUAGGAAAAUAAUCAGCAACACAGCAACAUAUUAGCAAAUAAUUGGAUAGUUACAAUUGAUUACAAUUGAGUACACACCACUACAAACACUGCCAACUACAACAGAAGAAAAAACGAAAACUGCAACAAGAACUACACUCAAAACAGCAAUAGAUGCAAAAAACUGAAAACAAUCAGGGAACUGGCAGCACUGUACAGCCACGCAGCCAAUUUUUUUUUGAUAGCGAUGCAACCUUUACACGGAAAAAGAAAACCACCCGCCGGGCAGUGCGGAAACUGACACACACACAAACUCUGCAACAACAAGCGGAAGAACAUACCUCAACUGCGAAAAAAUAACUGAAUGUUUGCCGAAUAUCUCUGGGAACACUGUACAUAAGAAGCGCAUCCCCAGUGAUGAGCAAUCUGACGCUUUCAUUCAACGGAAGAACAAGUGUUUGGUUCUGAUCUCUUCUAAAUCUAUCGGUAAUCGCGGCGAGAGAUGCGUGUGUCUUUCGGCACAUGCACACUCAGCAGCAACCACUCCAUUUAUGGUUAAUUUCGUCUCGUACGCCACCCUUAGAAUAUGCUUUAAGAUAUUGUGUAGUUUGUACAUUCGAAGUAAACAAGCAACCACAUACAGAACAAUGCAUUUAAUACACUAUUUUAAAAAUAGUUGGUUUAGAGUUAGAUUCGAGCAGGCGAGCACUCGGAUGCAGCCUGCUUCGAUCAUACACAGAAAAAAAAUACAUCCGUGAUUUUUCAUCUCUAAGUUUUGUUUGUUAGAGCAUCGAAAGGAGAGCUUUUGUUUUGUUUGGUGUUUAGCAGCUUCCAAAUUUCCCAUGAACUGUUCAUGGCUCCACAGUUGUUUCUCUUGUUUGAGUUAUCCACGAACCACGAAAUUUCGUUCCUUAUUUCGACUUUAUUUACGUUCGCCAAAAAUUGCUACUUGCUCUGUACCAAUCUAUUGUUCACGAGAACACUACUGCAUAGCAUUCUGUGAAGACCUUCCCCUAGUAUGAAUAAUUAAACCGUAAAAUGUGUCGUUGUUCACCAUUCGUAGCAUACAAAUAGCCGAAGUUUGUGGUUUCUGUUGAUCUGUUUUCCGUUUUCUCAAAUGCGUUUUUCUAAUCAUUAGUAGGCAAAAGGGAAAGAAUUUGAAAUUCUGUUACAUUUUCAUCAAGUUGACUUAAAACAUAUAUAGCUUAAAAAAUAAAAACAAAACAUUAUAUAAUCAGUGGUACACAUUGAGCGAAAGGUAGCGAACAUCAAAACUGAUAGGCAAUAUUCACCCGAAACACUUUUACUAUGUAAAAAGGUUGGAGGACUUGAAUGAGAAUGGAAAUAUAUACAAACAAUAAUUAGAGAAUGGUACUGUUUCAUCAAAACCAUAAAACCAUGUUAAAGCAAUCUUCUAAAAUUGCUGUAUCUACGCUAUAUAUAAUCGAAAACUAAAACCGCAAUAAAAAUUGUGACGACACGAAAAAAUGCAAAAACAAACUCACCAAAAUCAACCCCGCUUUAGUAGGUCCUUGUUUUCUGUCUUCACACACGCCUCAGUGUAGUUUGAUACAGUCAUUAUAUGAUCUUCUAAAAUAAAUGGUAAGCAUAUGAAUAACAAAACAUUAAGAAAAAAAUCAUCCACAUUUAUAAGGAGGAAGAAAAACUCGAGAGGAAUGCAACAAAAGCUGGUUCGAUGGAAACAAGUUUCUUUUGUGACAUAGGACUAAACCGGAAAAAAUGAAAAUAAAAUGACGCGAGUGACCAUUAGCAGUCUCGAUUGUAAGUAAAAGCGAAAAUAAACUGAAUUAUUCUAUUGAAUCGUAAA